GCUCUCACUCUCUCUCUCUCUCCCCUUCAUCUCACCUCCAACUAUUCAGUGUUCUGUCUCUGUCCGACACUGUCUCUCUCUAUCUUUCUCUUUCUUUCCCUCUGCCUCUCUCUCUCUCUCUUUUUUUGGUGUGCUGAAGCUCCCGUUUGGUUUGCCGUCUGUCUUUGCGUUGCCGGUCUCGUUCCUCUGCAGACCUGAACCUCCAGCUGAUCCCGGGACUCCGGCUCACUCUACAGCGGAAAUGGCGAUGAACAGCAUCCUUAACCCCGAUGACAUCAAAAAGGCCGUUGAUGCAUUUAAAGCCGCUGACUCAUUCAACCAUAAGAGGUUUUUUGAUAUGGUGGGACUGAAGGGAAAGUCAGCUGAUGAUGUGAAGAAGGUUUUCCAUGUCCUGGACGCAGACAACAGCGGUUUCAUAGAGGAAGAAGAACUCAAGUUUGUUCUGAAGGGUUUUGCGACAGACGGUAGAGAUUUGACUGAUAAAGAGACCAAAGCAUUCCUGCAGGCUGCGGAUAAAGAUGGAGAUGGAAAGAUUGGAGCAGAAGAGUUUGCCGCUUUGGUUCGUGAAUAACUAACGCUGACCUUUGGCCAGUUCAUACCUCAUGACCCUUCAACCUUGACCUAAUCACACCCCCGAUGCAUAGACACUCCCGCACAGUAUUUAUUUUCCUUUUUUACAAGUGAAUAUUCCUGCUAGUGUAUGGAUCAAGAGACCUUGAACAGGGCAAAGCCACAUGCCUGCUAUGUAGAUAUUAUAGAAGAGAAAAAUGCUUUCCUAUGCCGUUAACUCAUUAAUGGUCUUUAUGUGUUGAUCUGCCUUUAGUGUCUCGUAUUGUUCUCGAUUUCUGUCUCCUCCGGCACCUGGUACCGAAACCCUUUCCAUCCUUCUAAACAAACCAAAAGAGGUCAAGCUGUGAAAGACAACAAAAUAAAGAAACAAAAUGUCUGAGCCGUUUCAGCUCGUAGUGAA